AGCCUGGAUGGUUAGUAUUUUCCGGGUUCAAAAUCGAGACAUGUAGCAGCGUUGUAGAUUUAAAGAAGACUGUAUGCCACGGGGUUGGAAGGUCCUGGAUGUUUAGUUGGAGGCUGUUGCUGAGCAACGGCCGCUGCCAUGACUCUAUGCUGCAUGAAGCAGGCGGUCGCUGCCGCGCAGUGCGGGCGGUGUGGCCCGGGGUGCAGCGUCACCGGUCUCGUCAUACAUUGGAUGCUGGGUUUAGCUUGCCAGUGCAUGCAGUGGCAGAUCUGUCUGGCUUCCAGAGGGUCGCCAGGAAUAAGCUAUAGCCCAAUGUAUUGCAUCCCCAGUGUGAAUCCUGGCGUGAGAUGCUGCAAGGACGCGCUUGUUGCAACGACCCCUUGGCGCCCUGUGGCAAUGGCUGCCCCACGUGAUCAGCCGCUUAUCGAUAACCGUUUGGUCCCGCACCUCCGCGGCUUUCAUCAUAAUUCAUAAUCAUCAUCCAUCACGACCCCUCCCAAAGUCUCAUGAUGGCGGAUUCAGAACCGACCGUGCUUCGCAAGGAUCAAUUGGAGAUCAGCUUACAUAAUGAGAAGAAACUGAUCAAGGAGGGGACCAUCAAGGAUGACAAUCCUCUGGAUCUCAGUGAGCCGUUUCGGGAACUCUGCAAUGCUUGUCGUAAGGGGGAUCUG